AUGGAAGCCAUUAAAGUGCUUCCUCUGCUCCUCAUCUCACUGUUUUUAACCUUUCUUGCUGCAGAAGCAACCGAUAUUAUAACAGCAAACCAGACUUUUAAAGACGGAGACACCAUUGUUUCAAAAGGUGGUAGCUUCGAGCUUGGUUUUUUCUCUCCUGGAGGAUCAAGAAACCGUUAUCUCGGUAUCUGGUACAAGAAAGUCUCUCUCCAGACCAUUGUUUGGGUCGCAAACAGAGAUUCCCCUCUCUACGACCUCUCAGGAGCCCUAAAAAUCUCUGCUAACGGGACCUUACGUCUCUUCAGUGGCGGAAGCUAUUUCAUCUGGUCAUCAUCUUCUUUGGGGAAACCCGUUGUAAGAAACCCUAUUGUUCAGAUUCUUGAUACAGGUAACUUAGUUGUGAGAAACUCAGGGGAUGAUCAAGAUUACAUUUGGCAGAGUUUAGAUUACCCAGGAGAUACGUUUCUUCCAGGAAUGAAAUAUGGUAUAAAUUUUGUAACCGGAAUAAACCGGUUCUUGACUUCUUGGAUAUCUCCAGACAAUCCAUCAACUGGUAACUACACGAAUAAAAUGGAUCCAAGCGGUGUUCCACAGUUUUUCUUGAAGAAAAACUCCGUUGAUAUUUUCAGGGCUGGUCCAUGGAAUGGUCUAAGAUUCACUGGUAUGCCUCAUCUAAAACCUAACCCUAUUUAUCGAUACGAGUUCCUGUUCACGGAGGAAGAAGUUUACUACACUUACAAGCUUGAAAACCCUUCAGUGAUCACAAGAAUGCAGUUACUUCCCAACGGAGCGUUGCAGCGUUACACUUGGGUCGAUAGCCUUCAAAGCUGGAACUUCUAUCUAUCAGCUUCAACGGAUAGCUGUGAUCGAUACUUGUUGUGUGGCGCUUACGGAAGCUGCAACAUCAAUGAAUCUCCAGCUUGUAGGUGUUUAAAAGGGUUUGUUCCUAAAUCUCCAGAGGCUUAUUAUGCAGGGGACUGGUCAGGAGGGUGUGUUAGAGAAGUGAAAAUGGGUUGUGGAAAAGGAGAAGAAGACUUUCUGAAGAUUUCAAAGUUGAAGUUACCUGAUACUAGAGGUUCUUGGUAUGAUAAGAAAAUGGAUUUGAAUGAAUGUAAGAGGGUAUGCUUGAGAAACUGUUCUUGUUCAGCUUAUUCACCUUUUGAUAUUAGAGAUAAAGGAAGUGGAUGUAUUCUCUGGUUUGGAGACUUGCUUGAUAUAAGAGAAUAUAAUGAAAAUGGACAAGAUCUUUAUGUGAGGCUUGCUACUUCUGAAAUAACAAAGUAUAAAAACUAUGACGUGAAGGGCAAGAUGAGGAUCAUGCUAAUUAUAGUAUUUUGUACAGCAAUGCUUCUUAUUUGCCUUUGCAUAGUUCUGUCUGUGUGCAAACUGAAGAGAAAGAAACUUUCAAUAAUAGAAACUUCACAGCAAGAUUUAGACCGUGUUUCGAGCAGAAAACAAGAGGAGGAAGAUGCUGAAUUACCAUUUCUUGAUCUUGAGGCUAUUGCAGAAGCUACAUGUGGAUUUUCUGAUGAGAAUAAACUUGGACAAGGUGGUUUUGGACCUGUCUAUAAGGGAACAUUGUCUUGUGGACAAGAAAUAGCUGUAAAGAGGCUUUCAAGAACGUCAAGACAAGGUAUAGAAGAAUUCAAGAACGAGAUCAAACUCAUUGCAAAGCUACAACACCGUAAUCUUGUCAAAAUUCUUGGAUACUGCGUUGAGGAAGAUGAAAGAAUGCUUAUCUACGAGUAUCAGCCUAAUAAAAGCUUGGAUUCUUUCAUUUUCGAUCAAGAACGUCGCAAAGAACUUGACUGGCCUAAACGUGUGGAAAUAAUCAAAGGGAUAGCUCGUGGACUGAUGUAUCUCCAUCAAGAUUCAAGGCUUAGAAUCAUCCACCGUGAUCUCAAAGCAAGCAAUGUUUUGCUUGAUUCCGAUAUGACUCCAAAAAUCUCUGAUUUUGGAUUGGCUAGAACCUUGGGAGGAGAUGAAACUGAAGCAAACACAACCAGAGUGGUUGGAACAUAUGGAUAUAUGUCUCCUGAGUAUCAAAUCGACGGGUAUUUCUCAUUAAAAUCCGAUGUAUUCAGCUUUGGAGUUUUGGUUUUGGAGAUAUUGUCAGGAAAAAGAAACCGCGGUUUCUGCAAUCAAGAACACAAGCUGAACCUUCUUGGACACGCUUGGAGGCAAUACACAGAAGAUAAGGCAUGUGAGUUAAUCGAUGAAUCUUUCAAAGAAUCCUGUACAAAUGUUUCUGAAGUGUUGAGAGCGAUUCAUAUCGGCCUGUUAUGUGUACAACAAGAUCCCCAAGACAGACCAACCAUGUCAGUGGUGGUUCUGAUGCUGAGUAGUGACAUGUUGCUUCUUGAUCCGAAAGAGCCUGGGUUUUACAACGAACGGAAUCUCUUGUAUUCUGACACUACAUCGAUUAAUCUGGAGAUUCCUUCCAAAAAUUUUCAAACCAUGAGUGUAAUAGAUCCUAGAUAA